AUGGCGGUCGUCGUCGUUUCAGCACUCGGUGACUCGGCCCCACCCUUCGCAAAAGCGGGUCACUCCCGCCGCCCGGUUGGGUUGGGCAUCAUCGGCUUCAGGCGGUUCGGGCGGCGCGCCGCUAAGAAGGCUUACCGCGCCAAGCCUCUUGCAGUGGAGAUGAAAAUAGUACACAUCGACGUCGUCCGCAUGCCCGCCGACAUCGAGCGCGAAACCGCAGCAACCUACGAAAAGGACGUCGCAACCCUCCUCGCGACCUCCGACUGUGUCGUCGCGGCCACGCCCUCGGCGGCGACAAGCUGCUCGGCGCCGCGCGGAAAGCUCAUCGACGAGCCGCAUAUCAAUCCUGAGCUCAUGCGGAUGCGGAAUGUCGGGUUGCGAUGA